AUGACAUUCCUAACAUUGGGGGUGAGCCAGAUAACGUGCAAAGGUAGGAUAAACAAUAACAUACAAUCAGUUUUGACUGGUAGAGAGGUUCAAAGCGGUCCCAAGUCUCUUGAUGGCUUUUCAGAUUUUCAGUUCAAAGCUAUCCCAGAUGGCAUCUCAACUUCAACUGAUGAUAAUAAUGCAACACAAGACAUUCCAUCACUAUGUGAUUCGACUCGAAACCAUUGCUUUGGCCCUCUUCGGGAACUAAUAAAGAGACUCAAUGAUGCACCAGAAUCUUUGAAUGUUCCUCCUGUAACAUGUAUAAUUUCUGACGCAAUCAUGUCCUUUGCUCUUGAAGCUGCUGGGGAAAUUGGGGUCCCUGGUGUUCUUUUUCGGACUGCUAAUGCCUGCAGCUUGAUGUGCUAUAAACAUGUUGAACAUCUUGUGAAAAAGGGACUCGUGCCUCUUAAAGAUGCAAGCUAUCUGACAAACGGAUAUUUAGACACCAAAAUGGAUUGGCUUCCAGGAAUGCCUGAGAUACGUCUAAGAGACUUCCCCAGCUUUAUUCGAACAACAGAUCCAGACAACAUAAUGCUAAACUUCGCCAUAACUGAAUCUGCGAGAGCUUCCCAAGCAUCGGCAUUGAUGAUCAAUACAUUUGACUCCCUUGAGUUCGAUGUUCUAAAUUCUCUUUCGAGCAUGUGUCCUCCCAUAUACGCCAUUGGCCCUCUUCAGCUUUUGUUCAAUCAGCUUCCACAAGAUAGUCAUCAAUCUAUUGGAUCCAACUUAUGGAAAGAAGACGCAGAGUGCAUUCAAUGGUUGAACACAAAGGAAGCAAAUUCAGUGCUCUAUGUAAACUUUGGCAGCAUAGCUGUGCUGACGCCAGAACAACUGGUGGAGUUCGCUUGGGGACUAGCUAACAGUAACAAAAGUUUCCUGUGGAUAUUAAGACCCGACCUUGUUGUGGGCGAUUCUGCAAUUUUGCCACCUGAAUUUGUUGAAGAAACUAAAGAAAGAGGUAUGAUUACAGGGUGGUGCGCUCAAGAGCAAGUGCUCAAACAUUCCUCAACCGGAGGAUUCUUGACACAUAGUGGAUGGAACUCAAUUUUGGAAAGCUUGUGCUGUGGUGUGCCCGUGAUUUGUUGGCCAUUUUUUGCUGAUCAACUUACCAAUUGUAGGUAUGCAUGUCAAGAAUGGGGCAUCGGGAUGGAGAUUGAUACAAAUGUGAAAAGAAAUGAAGUGGAAAAAAUCGUGAGAGAAUUGAUCGAAGGAGAUAAAGGAAGAGAGAUGAAGAGAAAAGCUACGGACUGGAAGCUGAAGGCAGAAGAAGCAACUGGCCUUGAUGGUUCAUCAUACUUGAAUUUUAAUAGACUUGUGAAGGAAGUUAUACUAUCAAAAGCUAAAUUAGAAAAGGGCGUCAUUUGAAAAGUGAGAACUGAAUUAUGCAGUCACAAGUUAAAGAGUUGUACGUAGGCCACAAGGAUUUUGAGCUAUACAUUACUUGGCCUUCGAACAAAAAUCUUGU